GUAGUUCGGUAACAAGUCUCUCGCUUCCCCCACUAUCUCUCCAUCUCCUUCCAUUUCUUCCUCCCCCACCUGGUCUCUGUCUCUCUCUCUCCCGUGCUUCCAGGGUUUCGUUGAUCGACAUUCAAAUUUGUCUCCUUUGUAUUAUUUGUAUUCUCUUUUUUUUUUUGGUAUAAUUCUGUAAAGAUCAGAGAAGAAAUGGAUUCCAAUUCAUGGAUCAAUUGUCCCUCUGUUUUCUCUUCUGCGAGACGGUGUCAAUCCCGAUCAGAUUUGUACAUAGGAGGAGGAGGAGGAGGAGGGUACGAGGAUCUUGAAGGAGAAGACCACGAUUUGAAUGCUGAGUUUAUAUGCCCGUUUUGCGCAGAGGAUUUUGACAUUGUUGGGCUUUGUUGCCACAUUGAUGAAGAACAUCCUGUUGAAGCCAAGAACGGGGUUUGUCCUGUAUGCACUAAGAGGGUGGGAUUGAAUAUCGUUGGCCAUAUUACGACGCAACAUGCCAAUUUUUUUAAGGUUCAGCGAAAGAGAAGGUUGCGAAGAGGAGGAUAUAGCUCUACCUAUCUCGCCUUGAAAAAGGAACUCCGGGAAGCAAACUUACAGUCUCUUCUUGGUGGUUCUUCAAGUUUUACUUCUUCAACCAAUAUCGAUUCUGAUCCGCUGCUGUCAUCCUUUAUGUUUAAUUCUCCUUCAGUUAAUGAGUCUGCAAACAAAACUGCUACACCUGCGACUGAAGGAAACUCGGCUACAAAAGUCUCGUAUAGAGAAUCUCUCAAAAGAGAUAUUCAAGAAGCUCCGCUUUCAGGUGAAGAUCAAGAGAAGGCGAAAAAGAGCGAGUUUGUGCGGGGUAUGUUGUGGUCAACCAUGCUUGGAGACGAUUUCUAAUUUUCCCUCGCCUUGUUGUGGUUGAUGCAUGAGGCAUAAGGAAUCUGAGGUUAGAAUUGUUAGAGUGGUCCCAAUGUAUGAUGCAAAACCUUGUAAGCUAUAGGGAUGCAGAGCUGCAUCCAUAUAUAUAUAUGUAUUAUUGUCAUUUGUACCUUGGAACCUUUUUGUGCAUAAGAGGAAUAAAGUACUUUCCUUUCAUUGAGA